UUUGUAGAAGGAAGUAUUUUUAGAUCGUAUGGCCGAAUUGAAACGUACUGGAUGUCGUAAUCCAUUUGUAAAAAUGUCUGAAUUUCUCGUAACUAGUAGGAAAGAAGGUCCAUAUAAUGCUCGUCAAUUAUGUCACUACUGGCGUAAUUAUUUGGACCCUGGAGUAUGUCAAGUUAGUCUAAAUGAUGAAGAAAAACAAUUUAUUGAAGAUUGGAUUGUACUCAAUAAAAGUGGAAACGGAGGAAUUGAAUGGAAAAAGUUACGACAAGAUUUGAAGAAUCAAUUUGGAUUCUUUCGAUCUGAAAAUAAGAUAAAAAACUACUGGUAUUCAAAACAAAGAAGUAGAAAGGGAACGAAUAAUGGCACGAUCAUGUCUAAUACUAUCAAAAUUUCUACCCUCACUACUCCCAUCGCUCACUCUUACCCUUUUGGUUUGCAUCAACCACAAAAUCAACCGUCGUUACCUCACAUUUCUUAUAUUUUUAAUAAUAAUAAUGACCCUACCCUACAACUUCCUCGACUUCUUCAUUAUCAACAAAAUCUUUCUACCUUACCUACCUUUUAUCCACGUUUAAUACAAGAACCAAAGUUACCCAUAUUACCUCCCAACAUAUAACAGGCUGCUGGCGCUUCAGGAGCUACAUAAGGCAUAACUACAUUAAUUCAUUAAUUUACUGCUAUAAUGUAUAUUUAAAUAGCAUUUAAGACAUUC